AAUUGCAUUGGUACCCAUCCUCCAGACAACGCGUGUUUGGAGAACAGUAUCAUCGUCGUCAUUUUUUCACCUCCCCAAUUUCUCUUCUUCAUCCAUAGCCCAUCGGAAGCAACCAAUUUUUUUCUCAUUAAUAAAUUUGCAAAGCACAGGUAAUGGCGGUGGAGGAAGAUAUUGAUCUUUCAGAUUUGAAGUACCAACUGAGCCAAACACAUGUUAGUUGGAAACAAGAGAUGGAGGGAAGCCAGUCCCAAGUCGAUGCCUUGCAAGCCAAACUAUUAGAUGUAAAAGCUUGUAUUCAGGGGUCAGAAGAAGAUACAAAGAAAGAGUUAAAUGUUCUUUGGAGCAGAGUCAGAACUGCUGCAACAUUAAUGAUGUAUUUGAAAGCUAAAGCCAGAGUCAUGGCUGUUCCUGAUUUGGCUUCCACGUCAUGCGGUAUAAAGGAACGAUAUGGAAUAGGGCUUAUAGAUAAAAAUGGUGUACCGUUGUCCAGUUGGUCAAGGGACAUAGAUCUCUCGUCUUUUGAUGAUGCUGAUGAUGCAACAUUGAUUAGACUUACAAGUACACUAGAUUCUUUUGAUGACCUAGAUGGAUCUUAUAUGAGCGAAUUACUCAGAAGUGUACAAUUGGUUACAUAUGUUAUGGAAAAUCUUGUCAAGAGGGUUAUAAUGGCUGAAUCUGAAACUGCUUUAGAGAAGGAGAAGGUAACAAUAGGUCAGGAAGAGAUUCAAAGAAGGGCACUUCAGAUUGAAAACAUGUCUACUAAGUUAGAAGAGAUGGAAAGGUUUGCUUUGGGUACAAAUUGUAUCUUGAAUGAGAUGCGCCAGAGAGUUGAAGAUUUGGUCGAAGAGACUUCUAGACAGAGGCAACGAGCUGCAGAAAAUGAGCAGGAGCUUUGUUGUGUUAAGAGAGACUUUGAAUCUCUGAAAUCCUAUGUCAGUAGUCUCAUUAGUGUCAGAGAAACUCUUCUGUCAUCAGAAAAGCAAUUCCAGACAAUUGAAAGGCUUUUUGAACGGUUAGCUGCAAAGACAACUCAAUUGGAGAGUGAGAAAAUGCAGAAAGAGGCUCAAGUCCAAAAGCUUCUGGAAGAGAAUGUGAAGUUGACAACUCUCCUUGACAAGAAAGAAGCACAGCUCUUGGCCAUGAAUGAACAAUGCAAGGUUAUGGCACUUAGUGCUUCUAAUAAUUGAAUUCUAUGAGAUCUUUUAUUCAAUGAAUGAAUGCAUCUUUGAGAGGAAUAUGCACCUAUAGUUGUACUGUUGUAUUUGCUCAUUAGGUGAAGUAAUUCAACUAAUAACCAGAUGAACUUUGUUAUUAAAUUUAAUGGAAAACUGUGCUGCACCGUUUUUUGUGCA